GUCCAAAAGAGAAACUGAAACUUAACGGCCAUUUUAAAAACCGAGGAGAAAGAAUCCCCAGGAAAGAAGGAAUUAAAUUAAAUGUAAAAAACGGAGUAAACUGUCUGUUAUGGAGUGGAACUGAGGUCUGCCAAUUUGGGUCAGAACCCACUUGUGAAUCUGAUCUGGUGUGUUCAGGUGUCCUGAGACAGGGGGCGCUGUUUCUAAAAUGAGUUCCUCAGAGGAGACCGAGGCUAACGAUGGAACCCACGGCCCUGCGAGAAAGAGGGACCAGGUAGAAAGAGCAGGGUCAACUGUACCCAGCUGCCUGUCUAUGAAGAGUGACCAUUCAAUGGAUCAUCCUGAGAAGUUCAGCGGAGGGAUCACAGGUGAUCUCAGGGUUCAGGUAGAGAGGGCAGGGUCACCUGUACCCAGCUGCCUGGCUAUGAUGAGUGACCAUUCAAUGGAUCAUCCUGAGAAGUUCAGCGGAGAGAUCACAGGUGAUCUCAGGAUCCACUGCUCACAGGCGUCCAACCAUAUUGUAGAGAGGAGUUCAGAGAAACUGUUGUCAAAACAGUCUCUCCUGCGCACUCUGAUGAAGCUGAAGAAGACUGAAAAGUUGAAACUGUUUCAGAGCCAUCUGAGUCAGGGUUGCCCAGAAUGCUUUUAUAGUAGAAGAACAGAAGAUCCUUCUGUACUGGACACGUUUAUGAAGAUGAAGGAAUUGUUCAAGAGUCAUCAAAUUGCUGAUUACCCAGAAUGCACUGAGAGAGAGCAGGAGGAUCCUGAGGCCCUGUACAUAGUUGAGAAGAUGCUGGAGACCUGUGGCAUUGAGGGGUCUCUGAAGAUCACACUCCAUAUCCUGAGGAACAUGAAGAAGAAGGAUGUCACUGACCCACUGGAGAGAGAUGAGCAGCACAAUGAAUUCAAAGAAAGAGCCCAGCAGGCACUGAAAACUCAUCUGAAGAAGAGGUUUGAAUGCAUAUUUGAAGGUUUAGCAAAGCAGGGCCACCAGACCCUCCUCAAUGAGAUCUAUACAGAGCUCUACAUCACAGAGGGGGGAAGUAGGGGGGUCAAUGAUGAACAUGAGAUCAGACAGAUUGAGAUAGCAUCGAAGAGACAAACCACACAUGAGACUGCAAUCAUCUGCAAUGACAUAUUUAAGCCUUCACCUGGACAAGAGAAACCAAUCAGAACUGUGCUUACAAAGGGCAUCGCUGGCAUUGGGAAAACCGUCUCUGUGCAGAAGUUCAUUCUGGACUGGGCAGAUGGAAAAGCCAAUCAGGACAUUGAUUUCAUCUUCAGUCUUCCUUUCCGAGAUCUGAAUCUGAAAAAGAAGAGAGAAUUUAGUCUCAUGGAACUUCUGCAGCAAUACUUUCCACAACUGAAAGAGAUCAAAAGUUUUGAAGAUGAUGAAGUCAAAGUUGUGUUCAUCUUUGAUGGUCUGGAUGAGUGUCGACUUCCUCUAGAUUUCCAAAGCAAUGAGAUUUGCUGUGAUAUAACAGAGUCAUCAUCAUUGGAUGUGCUGCUGACCAACCUCAUUAAGGGGAAUCUGCUUCCCUCUGCCCUCCUCUGGAUCACCUCCCGACCAGCAGCAGCCAAUCAGAUCCCUCCUGAGUGCGUCCACCGGGUGACAGAGGUACGAGGAUUCAAUGACCCACAGAAGGAGGAGUACUUCAGGAAGAAAAUCAGAGAUCGGAACAAGGCCAGCAAAAUUAUCUCACACAUAAAGUCAUCCAGGAGUCUCUACAUCAUGUGUCACAUACCAGUCUUCUGCUGGAUUUCUGCUACUGUUCUGGAGACAAUGUUUGAUAAAGUGAGUGCAGACCUGCCCAAAACUUUGACUGAAAUGUACACAUACUUCCUGCUCAUUCAGACUAAUGUGAAGAAUGAGAAGUAUCUUGGCACCAAUGAGACAACCCCAAAGAAAAUGUCAGCAUCAAAUACAGAAAUCAUCCUGAAACUGGGGCAGCUGGCUUUACUACAGCUGAAAAGGGGCAAUCUGAUAUUCUAUGAAGAGGACCUGAGAGAGAUGGGCAUUGAUGUCAGUGAAGCUUCAGUGUACUCUGGGGUGUGCACAGAGAUCUUUAAAGAGGAGUGUGGGUUGGGUGAGGAGAAGGUCUACUGCUUUGUGCAUCUGAGCAUUCAGGAGUAUCUGGCUGCCUUGUUUGUGUUUCAUUCAUGUGUGAAUGGGAACGGAAAUGUACUCAGAGCAGAAGAAUCAAAACCUCACAGAGUCAGAGUGCAGCUGUCUAAGUUACACAGGACUGCAGUGGAUCAGGCCUUAGAGAGUAAGAAUGGACACCUAGACCUUUUCCUCAGAUUCCUUCUAGGCUUCUCUCUGGACUCCAUUCAGACUCUAUUAGGAGGAAUACUGACACAGACAGGAAGCAGAUCAGAGAGCAUUGAGAAAACAGUAUUGUACAUAAAGGAGAGGAUCAAAAAAGAAUCUUCAGCAGAGAGGACCAUAAAUCUGUUCCACUGUCUCAAUGAACUGAAUGACAACUCUCUAGUGGAGGAAAUCAAGAAUUUCCAGGGAUCAGGAAAACUCUCUAAUGAAAAGCUGGAACCACACCAAUGUUCAGCCCUGGCCUUUAUGUUACUGAUGUCAGAGGAGAUCCUGGAUGAGUUAGACUUGACGACCUACAAAACAUCAGCAGCAGGUUAUCAGAGGCUGGUACCAGUAGUCAGGCACUGCAGGAAGGCCAUAAUUUCAUCUGUAGGACUGUCAGAGUUCUAUUGUAGCAAAGUCAUUUUCCUCAGAGCAUCAGUAACUUUAAAUCCUCAAUAUCACUCUUCAUCACUGAACAUGAUUACUGUUAAAUUGCACAUAUCAGAUUUUACAGGAUAUUGCGCUAUUUAAAAAUACAAUAAUAUAUAAAUUCUCUUUUGCAGACUGAACAGCUGUGACCUCACAGAGAAGUCCUGUGAAAUUGUGGCCUCUGCUCUUCAGUCAUCAAACUCACCCCUGAGAGAUCUGGACCUCAGCAACAAUAACCUGGGAGAUUCAGGAGUGAAGCUGCUCUGUGCUGCACUGAUGAGUCCAAACUGUAAACUGCAGAAACUGGGACUGAAUGGCUGUGACCUCACAGAGAAGUCCUGUGAAAUUGUGGCCUCUGCUCUUCAGUCAUCAAACUCACCCCUGAGAGAUCUGGACCUCAGCAACAAUAACCUGGGAGAUUCAGGAGUGAAGCUGCUCUGUGCUGGACUGCUGAGUCCAAACUGUAAACUACAG